AUGCCCCUCAACAUCUCCCUCUCCUCCCUCUUCUACCUAAUCCCCCUCUACCUGCUCGUGAUCAACCCCCUCCUGCGCCAAAUCCUCCCGAGCGAUCCGCAGCAUGGCUCGUACCGAUUCGACGAUGACGAAGACGACGUCGCGGACGGAGAUACACUGCUCAACCUCAACCCGGACGUCCUGAGUCUCGACGACGGAACACCCGUAACAUGCCCGGACGAUGACUACCGCGUGCACAUCCUCUCGCAUGCGCCGCUGGUCAUAUACAUCGAGAAUUUUCUUUCGGGCGAAGAGGCGGAUGCGUUGGUUGAUGCUAGUAUACCGAACUACAUCCCCUCAGCCCUAUUCUCCUCGUCCGUGAAGAAUGACACAACGCCGAAUAUCGACACGACAAGACGCCUCUCCGACCAGGCGCUCCUCCCGCGCACGCAGACGGUCCGGUGCAUUGAGGCCCGCGCGCGCUCGUUCCAGGGCUGGAAGCCGAAUCUGUAUAUCGAGCGCAUGUGGGCGCAGCGGUAUAACGUGUCGGGCCACUACACGCACCACUAUGACUGGGUUGGGACGGCGAAGGGGCACGGUGGGGACCGCAUCAGCACGUUUAUGGUGUAUCUCAAGGCGGAGUGUAAAGGGGGCGGGACAAACUUCCCGCUGCUGAGGAAGCCGAGGGAUAAGAAGUGGUGUGCGUUUAUUGAGUGCGGGGACGACGAGGGUCAGACGGAGAAGAGGGAGGGCGUGACGUUCAAGCCGAUCAAGGGGAAUGCGGUGUUUUGGGAGAAUCUGAGACCUGAUGGGAGUGGGUGGCCGGAGACGUGGCAUGCAGCGUUUCCGGUGGAAGAGGGAGAGAAGGUUGGCUUAAAUAUUUGGAGUUGGUAUCAGCCGCCGAAGUGGAGGAGGCGCUAG